AUGGAAGUACCAGAAAACCUGUGUGAUGCUGCUGCUGCCAACAGUGAUGGUAGUGGAUCAGUUCAACAAGGAGAGAUUAGAAAAACUGAUGAUCUGUCGUUUGCCAAGAAGGAGGAUGUUGAGUGGGACAGAUCUUUUUGAAGUAGUGGUCCUGUCUUGCAUAGGAAGGAAGUCAAGAAAAAUGAAAUUGAUGAAUGGACCUCAGAAGAAUCUGUGAUGACACCAAUGUUUGAUGAUUUCUUAACUGGUGACCUGCUACAAGUGAAUGAUGACAGCAUUUUAAGUUUAAUAGAUCAAGAUGAAGGAAGGCCUACAGAAGAAAUGCCUAAGGAAAAGAACAAGGUCAAAAACCAAAUACACUUUGGAGAUGACCCUGAUGACUUAACUCAGUCAUCUGAAGCAAUCUCAGAGGAUUGUGAGUUGCCUUACUCAAAUUAUAAGAACUUUACAUUGCUCAUUGAACAACUGGGAAUGAAUUGUAAAGAUUCUGUCAGCCUAUUGAAAAUCCAGGAUGCAGUUCUUUCGUGUGAAAGAUUAAUAGAACUUAAGAAAAAUCACUGUGAACAACUUACAGCAAAACUAAAAAAAAUGGAAAAUAAGGUUAGUGUAUUACAAAAGGAGCUAUCUGAAACAAAAGAAAUGAAAGCACAAUUAGAGCAUCAACAAAUUUGCUGGGAGCAAGAACUAUGCAGUCUGAGAUUUACCUUAAAACAAGAGGAAGAAAAGAGAAGAAAUGCCUAUAUGUUGUAUGAAAAAAUCAGAGAACAGUUAAGAAGAAAAGAAGAGGAAUAUAGCAAAGAAGUCGAAGUGAAACAACAACUUGAACUGACUCUGAGAACACUAAACAUAGAAUUGAGGACAGUGAGAAAUAAUUUGGAUCAGGUUAUACAAGAGCGAAAUGAUACCCAGAGGAAACUUUCUCAAGAGAAGAAAGACAAAAUUUUGCAAGUUGAGAUUCUCAAUAAUCACCGUGAUGAACAGAAGACGCUAGAAAUGGCUCUAAUGGAAAUGAAUUCUGAGAUUUCUCAUAGAUGUGAAAAAGAAAAAGACUUGUUGUGCAAAAAUCACAUGUUGGAGAAUGAAAUUGUGAGUCUAAAACUGGAAAUAGACACAAUAAAAACACAUAACCAGGAAAUGGAAAAGAAAUAUUUCAAGGACAUUACAAUUGCAAAAGAAAAGACUGAAAAUCUUCAAAAGACUAUGAAACUGAAUAAAGAAGCAUUAACACAAACAGUAUCCCAGUAUAGUGAGCAGCUGAAUGUUCUGAAAGCUGAGAAUAAAAUGCUGGAUUCUAAACUGGAGAUUGAAAACCAAGACAAGGAAAAACUGGAAACAGAAGUUAAAUCAUACCGUUCUAAACUGGCUGCCGCACUACAUGAUUGUGAUCAAAGUCAGACAUUAAAAAGAGAUUUAGAACUGGCUUUCCAGAAGGCAAGAGAUGAGUGGUUUAACGUGCAGGACAAAAUUAAUCGUAACAUGUCCAACCUAAAAGAUAAAAAUGAGAUUCUUUCUCAACAACUUUCUAAAGCCAAACAGAAAUGCAACAGCCUAGAAAGUGAACUCAAUCACACAAAAGAUGCUCUCAAAGAAAAGACUUCAUUUUUAGAACUUGUACAAAGAGACCUUAGCCAAACACAGUGUCAAAUGAAGGAAAUUGAACAAAUGUAUCGAAAGGAACAAGGUAAAGUUAGUAAAUACAUAGGAGAGCAAGAAUCUGUAGAGGAGAGAUUAUCUCAACUGCAAAGAGAAAACAUGUUGCUUCAGCAGCAACUGGAGGAGGCUCACAACCAAGCUGUUGAUAACAACAAGGAAGUAAUUAAUAUUGAGGAUGAAUUUCAUGCUAUUGUAAACAGAUUUCAUCUUGAAUGUGAAAAGGAAAGGCUUGUGCGACAAGAGAGAAAUGUGUUAAUCAAUGAAUGUAAUUAUUUGAAAGAAAGGCUGCACCAAUAUGAAAAAGAGAGAGCAGAAAGAGAAGUAUUUGUGAGACAACUUCAAGAACUGGAUGAUACCCUAAAAAAUCUAUUUAGGUCCAAGGCUUCAUUAGAAGUUAUAUCACCUUGUCACAGUCAUUUGGAAGAUGAGACAAAGGAUUCCAAAAAGAAAUUAGAUCAAAGUAGAGCUCAACUUGAUAAUCUUAAAGCAGAACUGGAAACUGUAUCUUUAAAAUGUCAAAAUCUGGAUGCAAAGAAUCAAAGUCUUCAACAAGAGCUGAAGUCUAUGAAAGCAAUACAAAAGAAAUGCGAGAAGCUGAAGAAGAAGAACAGUAAGUUGGAAGAAGAAGUAGUAAACCUCAGAAGUCAUAUGGGGAUGGAUAUGGUAGAACGUAAACAAGUAGACCGGUAUAAACAGGACAUUGAAGAAAGAGCAAGACAGGAUAUUGUCGAAAAGUUAAAAGAGGUCAAUCUAUUUUUACAGGUUCAAGCAGCAUCUCAAGAGAACUUAGAGCAGUUACGAGAGAAUCAUAUUGCUUCAAUGAGAAGUCAGAUGGAACUCAGAAUUAGGGAUCUAGAAUCUGAAAUCUACAAAAUGAGAACUUCUCAAGAAGACUUUAAUAAAACUGAAUUGGAAAAAUAUAAGUACCUCUAUCUAGAAGAAUUGAAAGUUAGACAAUCCUUGUCAAAUGAACUGAACAAAGGUCAUGAGAAGCUAGUGGAGGUUAGGACUGAGCUUCUUGUGGAGCAAGAGAAAAACAGAUCUUUACGGAACACUCUUACUAGAAGGCCCGUCCUAGAGUUACCUUGCUUUGGAAGUGUUAGUGAUAGUCCAGUUCUCAACAGAACACUGAUUCCAAGGGAAAACCUAAUACUCUGCACCCCAAGCCCACAGACUUCAAAUAAUGGCGUGGAGAACUACUUUACCAAGAUGCAGCUGGAGUUUGAACAAAAUAUAACUAGAGAACUAGAGAAAGAAAAAAAAGUUUUUCCUGCUGAUUCUAGAUCCUCUAUAGCUUCUCCUAUAGCAUCUUCUGAGGAUCUACUUAGGAAAGCAUCACACGAAUAUGUACAGAUUUUAAAAGAAAACAGUACUCCAGACCGUAGCACCACCCCCAACAGUGGCAGUGCCACCCCUGAAAGCAACGGUGGGCCCACAGUCCCUCCCACUGGGAUCAAAUUUUGGAAAGAGCAUAGCAUGGGACCUGUGCCACUGACCACCGGGGACUGCGGUGGCACCAUGCCUGAGAUUUGGGAGAGAUACCUCCCCAAUUCUGUGGAACACGAAGGAACCUGA